AUGGCUAGUUUGAGUCCGGAUAAUUCUUUUGCAAAUUAUGAUAAAGACAAAAUUAUGAAACUUGGUACACUUUAUCGUGAUGAGUUUAGUGUUUCCAAGCUUGAAGAUCUCAGUUACGAGCUUGACAACUAUAUUCUCUUUGUGAGAGAAGAUAGUGAUUUCUCUAAUUUGAAAGGAAUUCGAGAUCUUUCAGAAACAUUAGUUGAAACAAAUCUGCACAAGACUUGGAGACUUGUUUAUUUGCUUGUGAAGUUAAGCUUGAUAUUGCCUGUGGCUACUGCAACAGUAGAAAGAGCUUUUUCUUCAAUGAAAUACAUCAAAAAUGACUUGCGAAGCAGAAUUGGUGAUCAAUUUCUUAAUGAUUGUUUAGUUUGUUAUAUAGAAGAUGAAGUAUUUGAAAGUGUACCAAAUGAUGUGAUCAUUGAUCGUUUUCAAAACAUGACAAGUCGUCGGGGACAAUUGUAA